UCAUUUGCGAGCCUCUGUCUUCGUCCUCAAGCCCGCAGUUUUAACCGUCCCCAGCGGCCCUACAUGCCCGCUUCGACGGCCCAGGCCCAGAUCAUGGACCCCAGUCUGCUCCCUGGGAUGGAAGGUGGUAACCGCGAAAAAGAGGGCGAUUCUCACCUGCGGGGCUUCGGAUGACAUCACAUCCUCCGAACUCGAAAUCUGGCUCCUCGGCUGGCCAAGGGCGUGACUUGCCCCCUCCGCGUCCCACCCGCACCAGCGCGCGUCGUUACGCGUGGUGCAGCGCAGAGCGCGCCAUGGCCUCCUGGGUGACCCCCCUGCUCCUGCCGCUGGCCCUGCUGCUCCAUGCCGUCGCGGCCGCCGGGCCGAGCCAGUUCCGCAUGUCGCCGGCGAAGGUGGUCGGACAGCUGGGAGAGAAAGUGGAGCUGCAGUGCGAGGUGCUGCUGCCCUCCGCGGCGCCGGGCUGUUCCUGGCUCCUCCAGAAGAACGAACCUGCCGCCCGCCCCGUCUUCCUCCUGUACCUCUCCCAAACCCGGAUAAAGUUGGCCGACGGACUGGACUCCGAACAGAUUGUGGGCAAGAGGAUCCGUGACACCCUCUACAGCCUCACCCUGCGCCGCUUCCGGAAGGAGGACGAAGGCUACUAUUUCUGCUCUGCCCUGAGCAAUUCGGUGCUGUACUUCAGCUCCUUCGUGCCGGUCUUCCUGCCAGUCAAGCCCACCCCUACGCCCGCGCCGCGACUACCCACGAGGGCGCCCACCAACACGUCGCAGCCGGUGUCUCAGCGCCCCGGGAUCUGCCGGCCGGCGGCGGGCAAGCCAGUGGGAAAAGGUGUGCUUGGCUUUGCCUGUGAAAUCUACAUCUGGGCACCGCUGGCCGGGACCUGCGCGAUCCUUCUACUGUCACUGGUCAUCACCGUCAUCUGCAACCAUAGGAACAGAAGACGGGUUUGCAAAUGUCCCAGGCCAAUGCCCAGACCAGGAGGACCAGGAGGCAAGCCCAGCCCUUCAGAGAAAUAUGUCUAACAUGGAGAUGGGCCCUAUGCGAC